AUGGAUGUUUUGUUUUUCUACUUUAUGCGAAGUCCGGCUAUUCAGUUGGAGAUUCUGCAUCAUUAUUUGAAACGCUUCGAUUAUUACACUGGACGGAUGAGUGUGGAGCCAGGCAACGUUGCAUCCAACAUCAUGAUGAGAAAGUGCAUCGACAUGCAUCGGAAAGUUAUCAAGUUUGUGGACAUUUUCAAUGAGAACUUUAGGAACAUUAUGGUGUUGGAUUUUGUUCAAUCGUCCGUUCGCAUUGCUUCUCUAAGCGCGGUUAUAAUAAUGAAUGAGUCGGAUUCAGUAAUUAGCUUCGGUUUUUCGCUUAUUCACUUCUGGAUGGCAUUAGUGAGGGAAUACUAUAUUUACUAUGCAGGCAAUGAGAUCACUUUUUUGAGCUCAGAAUUGGUGUUCUCGGUAUAUGAAACGGAUUGGUACAAAGAAAACCGCCAGUUUAAGUUUAUGGUCAAAAUGUUUAUGGUAAGGGCCGGUAAACCGUUAAACAUAAACAUUGGCCCUUUUGGCAACUUGGGUUUUCCCGCUUUCCUCUCGAUUUUGCAGGGCAGUUUUUCGUAUUUUUCACUUGUGACUGGAAUUCAAAAGUCUUAAACUACUGCACAAACCCUCAUCUCAGAAAAUCUUCAGAAGACGAAGGAAAAAACCACACAAGUAAUGGUAGACAGCAGCAAGCACUAAUACCAAUUUUGAAUUAUGAUAGUUUUAGCGUUAAGUGUUGCAAGGGUUUAGCUGAUUAGGGUGAAUAAAGCACAUAUUUUUAUAGCAAAAUCUAAAACAACUUUUCGAUGCAAUUCCCUGAAGCUA